CGUGUGGCACCAGGAGCACGUUGGGACGGAAAUUAGGCAUCUCUGUCCCUUGUUGGGCCCAGGCAGCCGCUUCUGGAGAGGCCGUGAUUUUGUGUUUGUUGUUAUGUGCUGUGUGUAAUACAGAGGCGCCCCUGCUGCAGGGGGGUGGGGAUCACUGGGAUGCCCAGGAUGAUAACCGCAGGAGCCAGGGUUUCCCGUUGGCAUCCACGUGGACUUGGCUUCCUAGCCCAUAGUUAGGUGAACAGCUGAGUCAUGCUCCAAGCCUGACCAUCUGAGGCUGGUGUAACGUUUCAUGAACAUGAAAAUUAAAUGUGGAGUUUGAGCUGGUAUAGAGAUUCACACCAGCCCAUGUUCCCAGGUGAGUUUUUGAUCAGGCACAAGGAACCCUGGAGCUCAAUUUGCUGAAUGGCUGAGGCACGGCCUGGGUGACCCUCAGCAGGUCCUGUAAACUCUGUGAAUUGGCUUCCCCAAAUUAAAAAUUGAGUUUGGGCUAUUGAUUUCCGUUGUAAAGUACUCUGGACCUUAUUACUUUGAAGUCCAUGUUUCAACACACAUUAGGAUAACUUAUGAUAAUCACCAUAAGAAUUUUAACUGUAACUACAAUCCUUCACAUCUUUCAUUCUUCAGGAGCAUUUGCAGAGAGCAUUGUCAUAAAAACAUCAGGUUGAAACUUGCCUUAUCUUGCUAUUUUUCCAGGGAGCUAUGAAAUAUUAAGACUAUGUCUACAGUGUGAGAUCUGUUUAGCAUCAUUUAUUUACCUAAAACACAUUCAGAGUUGUCAGAGUGGCAUUUUUCCUACUAUCCUGUUUUUGCUUGGAUGUGUCUAGGUGCUUUAUUUAUUAACAUAAAUAUAUAUGACAUAUAUUUUAAUGUAUUUAUUAUGUAUGUAUAAAUACACAACAAAAUAGGCUCUUACAUUGUUCCUAACCACUUGUUUUGAGGAUAUAUUUUCAUUAUUUCUAGAGACAUUCUUAGAAUAUUGAGAGGCAAGUAUAGCUUUGUCUAGAACUGCACAUUUUUGAGUUUUUGUAGAGUGAAAAUAGUGUUUUAUGCCUUGUGUAUAGUGUACACACUAAUGGUAAUAUGCUGCUUUUCUGGUAACCAGAUUCCUGAAGUGAUGGCAAGCUAUCUGUAUUGUAUUGUAGACAGUUUCCAUAUUUCCAUAGAAAGUGGACUGGUUCCUGAAAGUUAGUCUACACCAUGGUUCCUUCACUUUUUACAGAAUUACCUAGCUGGGUUCUUGCCAUAAUAAUGGAUAUCUUGGGGCACUUCAGUAGUGUGCUGCAAUGUUUAGUAAAUUCUAAUGCUAGAUGUGAUGUCCUGUGAGCUUCCACUGUGAAAACAUCACUUGCAACUCAGUAAAUACUCAGAAGGGUGGGAAUGUUGGGAAUGCCUCAUUAGAUUAUCAGAAGACUGUAAACUUUUAUUCAGAAGAUACACAGAAUUAGUGAUGCCCCAGUGGAUAGUUACUACAAAUAUGAAGCCUUGAAAUUAUGUCACCUAAUGGUGUAGUUUGGAGACCGAAGGACUUAACCAAACUCAUUGCAUUAUUUCCUGAAAAGGUGAAUUUACUGCCAUGUUUUCUGUUUCUGAGCUUGCUGAACACAACUGAUUCAGUGUCAGUCUUUGGUGUAAUUUCUGUUCUUAUGGGUUUGCAUUUGACUGAAGAAAUUUCAGUAGGUAUGAAGAGUGAGACUGAGAUUUUUCUGCAGUGGUAUCAGCCAAAGCAGAUAAAGGGGCUGUAAGUAAGGACAUUUAGUUUAUUAUUUGUGUAAAUGGCCCUAAUUAGUUUGAAAUGGUCAGGUACCAAUUGAAAUUUGCAAAGUGGAUAGACACAAAGCUAUUUGCAUUACAGUUGGUAUAAUAGUUUUCAGUCUGAGUGCUGAUGUUUCUGGGAAGCAUAUGGGAGUUCAGCCCAUAACCAUUUUUUUGUUGCGUUGUCUCAGGAAAGGUCCAAACCAUUCACUUCUAGAUGAAAAUCCUGUUUGGAGUCUUAUUAAAAGUAACAGUCAGGCAAUUUGAUUAAAAGGUGUCCUAAAAAUUUGCAGUAAGUAUUUAAUAACAGGUUAUUAUAUAAAACUGUUGGAUGAAUUGGAUUUCAUUUGGGAGCAGAGAUAUACUUGGGCAUUUGAUAAUUUCUACUGGUUUUUAGUGUCCUUUGGACAUCUGGAUUCAGUUUUCUUACACAGUUUAUGAAGGAACAAAGUGAAGGGGCAUUGAAGUGUUUGCUUUUACAUGCAAAUAAAACAGAAAAGAAGUGAAUGCUCCUCUGUAAGUACUUUAAUAAUGUGUUUCUUAUAUGUUUUUGGCCUAUAUGUGUACAUGAAACCAUGCUGUUUGAAAAAGUGUCUGAUCCUAUCCUCCAUUUAGCCAGUGGCAGAUUGUUCAGCAUCUUCUUUUAGAUUGUGUAUAGAAAUAUUAGAAGGGUUGUGGGGUUUUUUUCCAUAUAAAUGUGAAGUUUGAAAGAAAGGCCUCCAUUGUUCCAGUGCUUCCAUAUGCCAGAUGCACAACAGAUGAGGAUUAUGUAUAAUAACAUGUUAUCUUAGUAUGGUUUCUAGUGAAUCUGUAAGCCAAGAAAAAUAGUAGGAAGAUGUAGAAAACAGAGGGAGCAUGUGGUAUUUCAGUGGCAGCAUCCUGGGAAAGCCUUUUUCUACAAAAGGGAUUCUGCAAUUCUUGCAGGCUUGUUCCUGGCCAUGUCAUGGGUCAAUUAUGGUUAACUCAGCUGGUCCAGCUUUUCUGUGAAAUUGCCAGUGUUUCAAUUGGCAAAUAGGUAUUUCUCAGGAAAUCUGAUGCUGACUUUUGUACCUUGAUGCCCUUCUUGGCUGUGAUCUUUCAAAACUUUGCAGUAGGAUAACUUGCAGAAUGAAGAUGGUUGUUGUUUUGGCAGCUGCUGUCAUUAAUGCAGAAUGCAUUUGGCACCAAAUAGAAUGCAGUUGGUUUUGAGAUUGUCUUUGCCUACAGUAAAAAAUAAUUGAAUUUUCACAAAUUGAUGGAAGUUUAUAGUCUCUUGUGUUUCUGUGUAAAGAGUACAUAGAAAUGUUGAGUACCUAGUUUCAUAGUUGAAUCACAUUCUUUUUAGACUGAACUAAGGUUUCAGUCUAAAGCUGAAGAAGAAAAAUCUUGGGGAUUGUCUAGCUCUGUGUUGGUUCUUUAGCUGUAGAUGUAUCAGCACAUGUAGAAUUUCUGGGUUUAGAUUUUGAAUGCUUUAUAAUAAUAUUUUAACACCAAAGACCUUUUGAUAUCUAUAUCUUUUGAUAAAGGUACCACCAAAAGAUGGUAAAGUUGAGCUUAGUUAAAGUCAGAAAUCAGGGAGUCUCUUCAUAUUCACACUCUUGAAAGAUUGAGACUGCUAAGGGAUGAAAGGGCAUUUCUUUCUUCUUCCCACUCUGUAACCCAAGCUUUUUGGGAUUUAUAAAGUUUGAUGUUUAAGUCAAAUUUGUCUAAAUCUAUGAUAAUUUUUGUGUGUGUGAGUGAGUGAAUUUGUUCUUUAUAAAGUGCAGAGUUUCUGCAGUGAAAAAUAGUGGUUUAUUUUUAGAAAAUCUAUGGCUACAUAUUCAUUUCCUUAGCAACUUUCCAUGAAACAAACAGCCUGCUCUUCUUUCUUCCCAACCAAAACAAACUUAAACUGGCUUAUUAAUUUAGGCAAUUUUCCCAUGAAAACUGGGUUCCAUGUCUCUGCCACAAGCAUUUGUAAUCUUCCAGGUCCCUGAAAAAAGUCCUCUUGCAUGAAACACUAAAGGACAUAUUCUAAAAAAUACCAUAAAUUUGCAGUGAUGAAGUUGGUGAUAUUUUUCCUCUGCAAUUGUUAUAUUUCAGUUUUGCAGAGUAAAAACUUCUGUCUCUUUUUCUCUGUCAUGCAUGUCUGUUCGCUUUAUUUGAUUGGCUCUGUGAGUUGCACAGCACAGUAAACUGGUGUGUGUAUUUACACUGGGCAAAGCUAUCCCAUCAGGAAAGGCAAAGGAGACAAAACUGGCUUUGACAUUCAGCACAAUGCAAACCAAAAAUAUUGCUGGUUUGAGUGAGUUUUUACACCCAAACUCAAUUUAAUGCUUCUCCAAAAUAUAGCUCUUUGUAGCAUGGGAUGGUACCAGUUGUGGCAUAAUGUAAGUUUAUAAAGUUUAUAUGGCUUAACAUGAUUGAAUCCUUUACAAAUAGAGCAGUGAAAGGAGUUGCUAGGUAUCCUGCAGGAGCCCAGUAUCAAGUUUGCUGAUGGUUGUGUUCACUGUAGCCAUGGACAGUUCAGCCGAAUCACUUCAGCCAAGAGCUCACACUCAGAAAUUAAGUCUUUGCUCUCUGUUUUAAAAGGAAACAGGACUGACAAAACUUGUGACUAAUCUUCCCUUUUCCAUCUGUUUCCAUAUACCUGUCAGAAAAGAUAAUUCUUCUGGCUCCUAUUUUCCAAUAUACUGAAAUCCACCAAACUGCCCUUGCUGUAACACAAUGUAUUUCAUGUGUUCUGUUGACAUUGAUGACUCUAUUGCAAAAUACAGUCGUGAAUAUAAACAGAUCUAUGUUAAUUUUAAGGUCUGCAGAAACACAUGACAAAGGAAUCAAUUCUGAAGAGGAAAAGGACAGAUAUUGUAAUGUCAGAAAUUUUAUUUCUGGCAUUUGAAGGUGACACUCUUGGAGUUUACUGUUUCAAAUCAGAAGCUAAUGCACACAAGCUGUCUUUCUUUGUUUCGAAUGCAUCUCCUUCCAAUCCUUAAAAUUGGAAUCCUUAAAAUUUUCCUCAAAAAUGACAACUCCAUACCUGAAAGAGAUUGUAAGCAUUGUAUAUUCAAUAAAGGAGAGAACAGGGACCCAAUUGCUGCCUCUUUAGGCAGUUUAAGUAACAGUCAAAGAGUUUCUACUGGGUCCGAGAGGUUUGAAGCUUCAAGUGUGAAAUCAGUACAUUACUAAUAGGAUGAUGCAAAUUUCACCUGCUUUCAUCCAAGAGAAAAUAUUACAAUCUAGUCUGCCUAAAAAUAAGUCAUAAUACCUCCCUCAGUAACUUCCUCACCAUAUCUGUAGCUUCCAUUUGAACCAUGUUAUCUUGCUCAGAAAUGAAAAGUGUCAGUUCAAAAACUGGUGUUGAGGAAUCCUCCUGCAAAUCAUGUAUUCCAGCAGCCAGUUAGUUUCACUUAGGAAAUGUGUAUUAUUUUUCUUUAGUCUGAAUAAAAUGAUGCUGUUUCCUGCAUUGUCAUAAUUCUCUUAAAUAUCUGUGUUUUGAAGAUUGGAUGUACUUAUUUGAGUGGGAUAAAAAAAAAUCUCUAGAGCUGUGUCUGUUUCUGUAUUGAAGUUUUGUUAUGUAUUUUGGGGAGUUGAUUUAGCAUCCCACCAAGUCAGCGAUUCCUGAGUUGGUUUUGUGCCUUUUGUCAGUGGGGAUAGUUAAACACAGUCUUGAUUCUGUUUUUCUUAUAUUCUGCUUUCAGGCUUUUUUUAUGAUGCAUUCCUUAUGGUAAUUUUCAAGUAGUAAAUGUAAUUGCUAUAGAAAAGCACAAUAUCACAGUUUGACAUAAAGUUAUUUAACUUUCAGGAGAAGUUCUUUAAAAAUGUUGCAUUUUCACAUUGUUUGAAAUUUAGACAAGCUUUUCUUUGUUAGGUUGGAUGUGUGAGAGCUGCUUGUCUGCUCGAGCUCCUUCAUGCGUUUCCAGGGCAUUUCCACACAAAUAUGCUUAAUCAGCUUUUAGAGGGAGUCUGUUCUCUAACAGGAAUUCCCAAGUGAGCUGCAACUUUGAAAUGAAAUGGGGGAGAAGCUUUGAAAAAGUUACCAGGUCUUUGAAUUAGGAAGAGGGGAUCUCAGGUGGAGUACUUCAGGAAAAGUUCCUGUUCUUUUUCCACGCUGCUUUACAUCUCUGCUUUAGACUGAACAUUGUAUUGCAAGGGGAUUCCAUAGGUUACUAUUAGCUGUGUGCUCUUUUCCAUAUCUCCAGGCUUUUGGGCCUGUGAAGUCCUCAGUUGCUAGUUUUUCUUGUAGGUAUGCAGAGAGAUACUGAAUGGAUGGCAGUAAAAAAGCAAGUGUCUGAAUCAUGAGUUCUGAGGGAAGGCACACAGCUUGCCUUCCCCAUUGCCCUUUUAAAACUAUGUAUUAAUUUAGACAAUAAUUUGAGGGUCUCGAUUUUGUUAGUUUUAUUUUUCUUCUGCAGUACCUGGAAAACACAGUAAGAGUUAGCUUGUUAGGGCAGUGUGUUUAAGGAGUGAGUGAGAAAAGUGGUCUCUUUAACAGUAUUGGAAGUUUGUUUCUGUUCCUUAGAUGCUGCAGCUUUGUUUUAGGAAGAUGGAAGUGUUGGUUCUUGAGCACGUUUUUAAGUUGAGAUAUUUAUCCAGCUUUCUUUUCACGCUAGGUGUCAGUGUUAACUUACCUGUUCUGUAAUCUCAGGUGUAGUCAGGCUAUUGUCCCUGUGGAUACACCUGUAUUGAGUUCUCAGCUACAACUUCUGGUCAAAAGGUCAAGACAGUAAUGGCAAACAGUGAUUUGUAUGCUGACCCUUAAUGGUCUGUAAGUAUUUAUCUUGUGAAAAACCUUAUCUUUUUGCCCUCGAUUGCAUCAAGUAAACCUGGAAGGACCGGCCUGGUCCUUGUUAAAACGUCUGCUACAAUCUUUUCAAUACCCAGAUUUCUCUUUCAUCUUAGUUUUGGCUAAGACAGCCUUGAAAACCUGAAAGAUAGUAGAUGGAUGGUAACUGCAUUAUUCAAAAUUAAAUCCACUGGGAUCAUCCCAGUUGGGUUUCAUCCUCUCAAACUGUAAAUAAUUAGCUGACUAGCAGUAAUUCAUGCAGUGUCUCAUAAGGUCAUUUGUUAAUGUGUUACUUGAGCAUAUUGUGAGAUUAUUCAAAGGCAUGUGGCUGUUUGCCUUGUUUCUUUUGGUUUACAAAAGCUUUUUUAAAGUUGCCUGUGUUUCAGCUGAGGCUUUGUAAUGCUGACCAUAAUGUAAAUAUCCUGGUGGUUGAUACUGAUCUUGGGUAUCAGGAGGUUGGGUCACUUCUCUGCCUGCAGCUGUGACAGUGACCACAGCCCGUCUUCUUGGAUAAAAAGCCUCAGUGAAGGUAUUGUGUUUAGUAAUAACAAAUAGUGUGCCAUGAUGAGCAAUGGAGUAAACAUUGCUCUUUUUAUCUCUUUAGCUUCUGUAGAACCUAUUACUCUCUUACUUUAUAAAUUAACAGUUGUUUAUUUACAUUCUUUUUUAGUAUAUUUUUAUUUCAGGGUUUUAGCUGGGAGUUUGUUACACUGUCCUCUCUUCAAUAACACCUCUGUCCAAGAGAGGAGAAGCUGCCAAGUUUGGUAUUUUGGGACCUUUAAGUCAAAGGAGGCAGCUGUUGAGUUUGAGGCCUAAGGCUUUACUGAAAUAAAGCUGCACAUAUGCAGAAGUUGUAGCUGCUGUUGAUGUGAACACUCUUGCCAAUGAUGUUUAUAAGCACAACUUUCCCAGCACCUCGUUAUGGGCAAAGACUAUUGAGGGCAUAACACUGAAAGAAUUUGACAGAUUAUCUUUUGAUAUGAUUUUGAUGAGUCCUCCCUGUCAGCCUUUUACAAGAAUUGGCCUGCAAGGUGAUGUGUCUGAUCCACGGACCAAGAGCUUUCUCUAUAUCCUUGAUAUUCUCCCAAGGCUUCAGAAGCUUCCAAAAUACCUACUUUUAGAAAAUGUUAAAGGAUUUGAAUCCUCUUCUGCAAGAAAUGAACUUUUGCAAACACUAACAACAUGUGGAUUUAAAUAUCAGGAAUUUCUCUUGUCUCCAACAUGUCUUGGCAUUCCCAAUUCUAGGCUGCGGUAUUUUCUAAUUGCAAAGCUGCACCAAGAACCAUUUUCCUUUCAAGCUCCUGGUCAAAUAUUGACAAGAUUCCCAGAUCAGGAUCCAGAAGAUUUACUCAAGGAAAAAGUUGCUGACAAAGUGGAUGAAGCCAGUUCUUUGUCCUCUGAGGAGAAGAAUCUGGAUCCAAACAUUGGUCCAGAUUGCAGCAGCAAGAAGAGUUUACCAAAAGGGGCCUUUCUGUUUAAGCUUGAAACAGUAGAAGAGAUGGAAAGGAAACAUAAUCAGGAUAAUGAUCCCUCUAUUCAAAUGCUAAAAGACUUUUUGGAAGAGGAAAACGAAGAUAUGAGUCAAUAUUUCUUACCACCAAAGUCCUUACUGCGCUAUGGUCUCUUGUUAGACAUUGUUAAACCCACCUGCCGGAGAUCCACGUGCUUUACCAAAGGGUAUGGACACUAUGUAGAAGGGACUGGCUCUGUUCUGCAGACAGCAGUAGAUGUACAGCUUGAAUCAGUGUUUAAACACAUUGAUGAGUUACCAGAAGAAGAGAAGCUUAUGAAAUUGUCAUCAUUAAAACUGAGGUACUUUACCCCAAGAGAAAUAGCAAAUCUUCAUGGAUUCCCUUUGGAAUUUGGUUUUCCUGAAAAGGUGACAGUAAAGCAACGCUAUCGUCUGCUGGGAAACAGCCUCAAUGUACAUGUGGUGGCAAAAUUGAUCUCCAUUCUACUUGAAUAAUUUAGAACCUGAAACUGAUGCAUAUGGACUGGUGACAGAAAAUACUUCCAUCUUUUAGGAGAAAGCUGAUGGAACCUGGACAAAUACCAGAGCUUGCCAAGAUACUUGUCCAGACAUUUUGCUGAACGGUUUUGAUAUAUUUCUAAUAACUUGCAUUUAGGAUGGAUUUAAACUGUAUAGGUGUUUUAUUUAAAGGGCAGUUUACAGGACUUACUUGCUUUAUUUGAAUAUUCUUUUUAGUUUGCAGAAUUAAAAAUAGUACACAUGCUAAUACUUCAAUGAGAAAGGACAAGAAUAUUUUAUUUUACUUUAUUUUAUUUUAUUUUUUAUCAUAAAACCAUUUUGAGUACUGUGUGAAACUGUGUCAAAGCUGUUUCAAUCAGGUGCAGAGAUCAAGUUCUAUGUGUAAAAUGUCUUCAUCUUUAAAUGUAAGUAAUCCAUUCUGAAAAGAUUUGCUGUAUAUAUGAUCUGAAAUUUUGAUGUGAUUUUUUUAGGUCAUGAAACUAAUAAAUUCAGUAUUUUAUAUACAA